AGAUCACGUAAAAUGCAAAAGAGAAUGGAUCGUCGUAACUCAGAUUUAUUGUGAGGAGUAACUACCAUCCCCCAACUCCUCUUCCUCCUCCACGGUUUGCCUCACUGACUGCGAUUUCAAUACAUGCCGACCAAGCCGACGACGUUGCCGGAGACGGAGACGACGGCCAGUCGAGAUGACGCAGACCAAGCAACCCGCAGGGGGGUCGACCACCUCGAACUCGGAGUUUGUGGCCCCCGUCACCUCCACGAGUGCCUCAAAGUUCGCACCCUGCUCCACCUCCGCCCACGAUGUCUCUAAUAACUUCCAGCUGAAGAAGAAGAGCUACCGGGUCCUGCUCCAUGGGCAGCAGUUGGUGUGGGAGCGUCUGCAGAAGCUUAAGCAGCCAUCUCGGAGCAACGAGACUAAGGCUCCUUUGCCACCAGACUCGCCCCCUCAGGCUGGAGCGAUCUCCUCCUAUGGGCCGCAAAGUCAUGUGCUUCACCUGGACGAUGUGGUCAGCAUAAGGAGCGGGGACACCAAGGUGAGCUCCCUGAAGCCUCCAUCACCUCCGGGAUCGGAACGCAGUUCCAGAUGCAGUGGUGAAGUUGCGCCUGGUAAGCCCAGCAGUCAGUACCUGACCAUUAACUAUGCCAUGCGAUUGAGCAAAUCCCAAACGGAUUGCAAUCGCUGGGAACUGAGGAGGCUCACCUUCUUCAACUCAGAUCCCUACAUAGUGAGGCAGUGGGAUCAGGAGCUGCAAAUGCGUCUGCAGGGCUCCUCACCUGCCAGGAUGCGAGUGCGUCGUCUUUUGGUUUUUAUCAACCCAUAUGGCGGUCGCAAAGCGGGAUCUCAGACCUACGAACGCCAUGUGAAGCCCAUUUUCCAGCUCGCUGGUGUGGAUGCCACCUGCAUCACCACCCAAAGAGCAAACCAGGUGAAAGACAUUCUCCUGAGCCACGACCUGGGAGUGUACGAUGCGGUUUGCUGCGUCGGAGGCGAUGGAACCGUGGCUGAGGUGAUCAACGGACUGAUAUUCCGGCAGAUGAGGGAGCUGGGACUGGACGAGCAGCGGCCGCCAUACAUUCCAAGACCGGCUCUGCCAGUGGGCGUAAUCCCUGCUGGCAGCACCGAUACCAUAGCUUAUAGUAUGCAUGGCACGGCGGACGUGAGGACAGCAGCCAUCCAUGUGAUACUGGGUCAGCACCGCGGCCUGGACGUGUGCAGUGUCAGCAAUGGACAGUCGCUGAUCAGGUUUUGUGCCAGCGUCCUGAGCUACGGCUACCUGGGGGAUGUGGCCGCCCAGAGCGAGAACUACCGCUGGAUGGGGCCGCGGCGUUACGAGUACAGUGGCGUCAAGGCCUUCCUAAGCAAUCGUGGCUACGACGCCGAGCUCAGGAUGCUGGAGGAGCCGGAUCUCCUGCUAAUGACGCCGCAGGUGGAGGUUCCGCAGAGUCCGGAUAGCGUGUGCUCGCUGGGCGAGUCGGUGCCCUCCGUCUGCUAUGCCAAUUGCCAGCGCUGCAGCUUCGCCAGCAGCAUUCACGAACAGCGAUCUUCUCUGUUCACCCAUGAGGAAUCCAGAGAGCCGGAGCGCCCUCAGCCGGAGGAAGCAGAGGAUUCCCAACUAGCCCCCAGUGAGUCUGCUCUGCUGAGGCCGCGCCCACGUCCAGGGAACCUUCAGCUGCCCACUGGCUCCAUUUCAUCAAUGAGGAACCUCGGCAACGAGCAGUGGAAGGUGGUGCGGGGCAACUUCUUCAUGAUCUGCGGGGCGAACAUCACCUGCGCCUGCGCCAGGAGUCCGAAUGGCAUCUCCCGCUACAGUCACCUGGGCGAUGGCUGCCUGGAUCUGAUUCUGGUGAGGAAGACCUCGCUGCUCAACAACGUGCGCUUUCUGCUUAACACAGCUGGCAGGAGCGGUGAUAUUCGCAAUCUGCCGUUUGUGGAGGUCUUUCGCACCAGAGAGUUUCAGUUCAGAACCUUUUCUGGCGCUGGCGAGGAGGAUUACAGCAUAGCAGGCUCUUGCCAACCGAUUUCCCCGCCAGGAGAGCUGGCCAACUCCUCCACCAACACAGAGUUUUCAAGCUGGAACUGCGACGGCGAAGUGGUCACCGACCUGGACAUAACCAUGAGAUCGCACUGUCAGCUCAUCGAGGUGUUCAUGCGGGGUCCUCAUUCCUAUAGCAAGCCCCUCAAGGUCGGCAACACGCCCACAACCCCAGCUAGCUCCAGCGACAAUGUCUACUGCUGUUGCAAGGACUAGAAGCUUUAACCACAUAGAAUUAGCAUCAAGCAUUGGCCGUGACAAGUAGCUCGUAGUCUUGCGUAGGGUAUCCUUAUUCGUAUUCGUACCGUGUUAAAGAGCGGGUCUCCCCCUUAUUGUUUUUAGCGUAGCUCAAUAAAGCAACUGAUAUUAUCGACUGUAUUAUGGCAUCUGAAAGAUGCGAAAGCGCACCGAAACAUUCCCCUCGGAAAGCAUGCAUUAUUCACAUACCCAUAUAUAUUUACAUAAUGUGUACUGGUAUACUGGCAAUAAAAAAUGUUUAUAUAUGUAUUUAA